AUGAUUCGGGAUCACAUAUGGCAAUCUUAUGUGGCUUUAGCCUUUAGGUCUCCAAAAAGUGUAGCGGUUCACAAUGCUCAAGAGGUUGCAAGGAUUGUGGUCAGACCAGUGGCUUGGCUUUCCUUGAUAUUAUAUCCUGUUGGAAGAGUAGUGACAUAUCUUUCGAUGGGAAUUCUGAAAAUUCUUUGUUUGAAAGGACGGAGUGAGCCAUAUGUUACUGAAGAUGAAUUGAAACUAAUGCUACGCGGAGCAGAAUUAAGUGGGGCUAUAGAAGAGGAAGAGCAGGAUAUGAUUGAAAAUGUGUUAGAGAUAAAGGAUACGCAUGUUCGAGAGGUGAUGACUCCUCUUGUUGAUGUAGUUGCAAUAGAUGGCAGCGGCAGCCUGGUUGAUUUCCAUAACUUUUGGGUGACCCACCAGUACUCGAGGGUGCCUGUUUUUGAGCAGAGGAUUGAUAACAUAGUUGGUAUUGCAUAUGCUAUGGAUCUGCUAGAUUAUGUUCCAAAGGGUAACUUGCUUGAAAGUACUACUGUGGUGGACAUGGCACAUAAACCUGCAUUCUUUGUCCCUGAUUCAAUGUCAGUUUGGAAUGUUCUUAGAGAGUUUAGAAUAAGAAAGGUUCACAUGGCAGUUGUUCUUAAUGAAUACGGUGGAACCAUUGGAAUAAUAACUCUUGAAGAUGUGGUCGAACAGAUUGUUGGUGAAAUAUUUGAUGAAAACGAUUCAAAGGAGGAGAUUCAGAAGAAAACGGGUUACAUCGUGAUGAGAGCAGAAGGGAUAUAUGAUGUUGAUGCCAACACUUCGAUUGACCAGUUAUCUGAAGAACUUAACAUAAAGAUGUUAGAGGGCCAUCAGUAUGAGACAGUCUCAGGUUUUGUCUGUGAGGCCUUUGGGUAUAUCCCAAAGACAUGUGAGAGUGUGACGGUAGUUCUUGAAAAGGAAAACUGGGAAGAGAAUGAUGAACAAGAUGAGGGUAAACACGAGAGUCAAGAUCAGAAGGAAAAGCACCAAGUUUAUAGACUAGAGAUACUAGCAGGGAAUGCCAGAAAAGUGAGUACAGUCCGGUUCGAACGAGUUAAUAAUAUGGAUGAAGUGUCAGAGGCGCGAGAUGUAAAAAACAUGGUUCCCAAGUUCGUAAGAAAAUGGAGCAGUGAGGAAGAUACCGAUGGUAAUCUCCAAGCCAAGAAUGCCGUCUUUGAUGAGCAUCUAAUUGCUGAAACUGAAAGUAUGAAGAAAGAAUAAUGAUAAAAGAGGAGGAGACAGAGGAUGAAAUAAAGGAUGAACAAUACUGUUGUAAGUUUUUUAACUGAAAGAGGAUUAGUUGCUUCUUACAUUCAUCUCUUGUUUACCAAUAGUGAGAUAUAUCUUCAUAACACAAUACAAAAAAGAUUUGCAUAUUGAUGGGAUGAACUUAAAGGAUUCUCGGAGAUCGUUAUGCGUAUCGGCUUGGAGAAUUGAAGCAAGGGUGCUCGAAUGAUAUAAGAUUUAUCGAUCAAAGACAAGUCAUACGUUGUGACUAGAUGAUGAAGAAAUAUAGCCAUCUGAAGCCUAGCAAACUCUGCUCCUGCAAAUAGUCUUGCACCACCACCAAACGCCAUGAACGUUUUAGAGCCACAAAGCAAUUCCUUACCCUCCCAUCUCCAUGGAUUAAACUCACAUGGUUGUUCAUAGAUUUGAGGGUCAUAAUGAAGAAGAAAAUGGAACAACCAAUACAAUCCAUCCUGCUGG